AUGACUUCCUCAUUCCCUACUCGAGAAUUCUACGGCGGUGCCAUCGGAGGUAUCAUUCCCCAGGGCUGGAUCGAUGCAAGUGAUCUUCGCGAAGUCCCCGACCACCAAGAACUCUACCUCUCCCCCACAACCCUCUCGAACAUGAUCAUCGAAAUCAACCAGCGCGUCCCCGCAGAAGAAGCCCUCUCAGCAUACGACAUUCACCACCCCACCACCCCGCGCGGCGGCGCCCCCGCCACCCAAGAAACAAUCGACAAGGCUGCCGCUCUGUACCAUCUCAACGACCUCCGCGACGAAGGCGAUACACUGGAGGUAGUCACCGCGCCGGAGGCGGUGUCGUUGCCGCGAUUCCGCAGUGCGGGUCGCGAUGUAGACGCUUACAAGGGUGUGGUGUCGUUCACGACGCCUAAGGGGCAGCGGAGAGGUGGUGGUGGUGGUGGUGGUGAGAGCCGGGUGCCGGUUUCGGUGGAUGAGACGGCCGCUGGGUCGAGUGUGGCUGGGUCGCAGACGUCCAAGUUGAGUUGUCACUAUCUGCUGGCGCGUCUGGAGGAGCAGGAGACGGAUUUGGUGGUGUUCUUUAAUGUUCCUCGGGAUGAGUUUGACGCAAAGGGUGACCCGCGGGGCUUGUCAAGAGAAGAAGAACUAGCCACUGAGGCAAUUGCAAAAAUGGUGGAAAAUCUGGAGGUUAAGGAUUGGGGCCUCUUUGUUUAA